CACCCUGCAGUUUUCCACGAAUGCUUUGACAAGUGGAACGAAAGGAGGUUAUAAUUUCAAGGAUGGUGGGUGUUUUGAAUGAGUCCGAUAGCGAGGACGAAUUACCACCGGGGUGGGAAGAACGGACGACGUUGGACGGGAAUGUUUAUUACGUAAAUCAUUAUACCAAGGGCACUCAGUGGACUCAUCCUAGAACUGGCCGCAAAAAGAUCGUUGACGGAGAUUUGCCAUCUGGAUGGGAGAGGUGUGUAUCAGAUGACGGUAAAGUUUUAUUUGUUGACCAUACAAAUCGUACAACAACUUACACCGAUCCAAGACUUGCAUUUGCUACUGAGUACAGAGAUAUGUCUCAGCCAGUACGACAGAGAUUUGAUGGCAGUAGCACAGCUCUGGCUGUAUUAUAUGGCCGGGAUUUACGUGAUAAAGUUGCCCUUGUCACUGGGGCCAAUACAGGCAUUGGAUAUGAAACGGCUAGAUCUUUAGCUCUGCAUGGUUGUAAUGUGGUAUUAGCCUGUAGAAGUGUAGAAAAAGCUGAAGAAGCAAUAAGGCGUAUUAAAUGUGAGAAGGAGAGUGUAAAUUGCACAGUACUGAAGUUGGACUUAUCGUCAUUGCACAAUGUACAAGAAGCUGCAGAGGAGUUUAAAAAGGCAUUUAAAACUCUUGAUAUUCUUAUAUUAAAUGCCGGUGUGUUCGGAAUACCAUAUCAACUUACAAAUGAUGGUUACGAGACAACAUUUCAAGUCAAUCACUUGUCACAGUUUUAUCUGACACUCUUGUUAGAACAUUCCAUACAAAAAGCUGCCAAUCCUAGGAUUGUAAUAGUAUCCAGCGAAUCACACAGAUUUUCAACGAUACGAAAUCUGGAAGACCUUCAUAAGUCGAGACUGUCUCCGCCGGCGCAAAAGUACUGGGCUAUGGGAGCAUAUAACGAUUCCAAGCUCUGCAAUGUCCUGUUUGCGCAAGAAUUGGCAUAUCGGUGGCCCACCGUGAGUGUAUUCUCUUGCCAUCCUGGUAACCUGGUAUCUUCAUCCCUAUCUCGCUACUGGUGGUUAUAUCGAGUACUGUUCACAUUAGGACGACCAUUCACAAAAUCAUUGCAACAAGCAGCGAGUACAUCGGUAUUCUGCGCUACAGCGCCUGAACUGGACGGUGUAACAGGUGGCUAUUUCAAUAAUUGUUAUCGCUGUUCUCCAUCGAAUGCGGCAACGAAUCGCACACUAAGUAUGCUGUUAUGGGAUCUUAGCCAGGAAAUGAUAAUACAUGUUACGGAUAUGACCUGGGACCAGUAUUGUGUAAAGGAUUCAGGAAUAUAGGACGUGGAAAAUGAUUUCGAUUAUCGAUAAUUUUUACUUUUAAGAGUCUUGAUCUUUGAGCCCCUUUAACUGAAGAAAAGAGAAAUCACAUAUACAGGUAUUUUCCUUACUUUAUAUAUCAAAAUAGAUCA